GAUGGGUUUUUUGAAUACGCAGCCGGUCAUUUAAGUGCUUGUUGAUAAAAUGCAAAUUUCUUCCAAGCAUCUGUUAACAACAUUCGUCUCAUUCUGGCUAAGAGUGCGUCUUCAAUGUUUGCCGUACGAUAAGAUAUAUAGAAAAGCAGUUUAUAUUGAGACCUACUGUUUCACUAGCCGUUUAUACAAAGCGGGAAAGAAGUGUCGGUGACGUGAAGCUACUAAUAGUCACGAAAUAAUGAGAAAGAUGUUAGAAAGAAAGGAAUAAAGCGUCGUAUGUGUGUAUUUCAAUGGCACCUGUUAUGCGGACGGCGAGCGUUUUACAAUAUGGAUGAAAUCGAUUUACAGUAAGACAAAAAGUAUUCUGGAAAAGUUCAAGCUAAAAUGGCGGCCGAUGUUGGCGCUUGGUUACCGUUUGCAAGAGCUGCGGCAAUCGGAUGGGCUCCUCUCGCUCAAACGCCGAUGCCGCCGGCACCCGAAUCACAACGGGAUGAUGAUAAAAUUAUUAUCAACGUUUCGGGAAGGAAAUUUGAAACGUGGAGAAAUACGCUGGAACGCUACCCGGACACGCUACUGGGCAGUGCGGAGAAAGAGUACUUCCAUGAACCGGAUACAAAUGAAUAUUUCUUUGACAGAGAUCCGGAUUUAUUUCGACAUGUUUUAAAUUAUUAUAGAAACGGUAAACUUCAUUACCCGCGAGGUGAAUGCGUAUCCUCGUUCGAAGACGAACUUAUAUUUUUUGGCAUUUCAGAAGACCACGUACAUGACUGUUGUUGGGAGGAUUUUAGCGAGCGAAAACGGGAGUGCAUCGAACGAGUAUUUGAAGACAAAGCCGACGAGGAAGAGGAAACCGAUACGUCGGAUCUGAACGCACGCGAAAGACUCUGGGUUGCUUUCCAAAACCCCGAGAGCUCGAAAAUAGCUGGCUUUAUGUACUAUGUAACGGGAUUUUUUAUUGCGCUUAGCGUGUUGAGUACUAUAGUCGAGACUUGUCCGUGUAAAUCAGACAAGAAUUGCGGGACGGCGUAUAAGAAGGUGUUCUUUGGAUUGGAGUCGGCCUGUGUGAUAGUGUUUACAGUCGAGUACUUAGCAAGACUCUACGCGGCACCAGAAAGAUUUAAAUUUGCAAGAGAUUUGUUAAGUAUUAUUGAUGUCGUUGCGAUAUUGCCUUUUUACAUUGGACUGUUUAUGCCAGACAAUUCCAUCAGUGGUGCCUUUGUUACGCUGAGAGUGUUCCGAAUUUUUAGGAUUUUCAAAUUCUCACGGCAUUCGAAAGGUUUGCGAAUUCUAGGAUAUACGUUAAAGAGUUGCGCAUCUGAACUCGGAUUUUUGCUAUUCUCACUUUCCAUGGCUAUCAUCAUUUUUGCAACGAUUGUCUACUACGUUGAAAAGGGAGAAAAGGGUACAAAAUUCACGAGCAUUCCUGCAAGCUUCUGGUAUACAAUCGUCACGAUGACCACUUUAGGAUAUGGUGAUAUGGUUCCUCAAACGGUAUUUGGUAAAAUAGUUGGUAGUUUAUGUUCCCUCAGUGGUGUGCUCGUCAUUGCUUUGCCAGUGCCCGUGAUUGUGUCGAAUUUUAGUAGAAUUUAUCUCCAAACUCAACGAGCGGACAAGAGGAAAGCUCAUAAGAAGGCAAAGAUAUCGAUAUCAAAGACAAUGACAGGGACAGCAUUUGUAACUCCUGGCGACGUAACGUCAGUCGCAGUGGGUGCUGGUCUUGAACUUCAAGUGACAUCAAAAGAUAAAGAAAAGUCAAUGUUGGAUAGACAACAUGAACAUCUAAUACGCUGUUUAGAGAAAGCCACAUCACGAUAUUUCACCGAGAUGGAAUACACAUACAACGGUGAACCCUUAGCACAACAAGACCCGAGAAGUUCCUCGUCAUUCUGUACACCUCCUGGAUCACCCCUGGAAUCCACUCUAUCCCUUGCUAGCCCUGACAUACACGUCAAUGAUUGCAAAACGAGUGGUACCAAGCGACGAAUCAAAUCCGAGCCGAUCCGGGGGCCAGCGGACAAUAAGGACAAAAAUGACGUAAAAGGUAAUCAUGUGAGAAAACGUCACACGCAAGAAGACGGCGAUGAGGCAGAGACCUCGGUACUAAUACCCACAGACGAGGAACCUGAGGCGGUCGCUAACCACGUUGGGGAAUCACAAGGCCGUCAUGUACAUCGAAAGAUGUCACGUGAGUCUACUGUAUGAUGACGUCACAUACAAGAAGCUUCAAAUUCGCUAUUUUUGAAGGGAAAAUUGUUUGAAGUUCUAUAUUUUUCAAAAUGGUAGAAUGGCAGGGCUGAUCUUGGUAAAGUAUUAGAUUUAUUUUUAAGUCAUAAAGUAAAUGAAACAGAGAGAACGCGUGCCAUAUCCGCAAGUUACCAAAAAACAAAUGGCGUUAAAACGACAUAACAAAUGGAGCAAAGACGGCAUCCGACGAGAGGAAAAUGUGAAAUAGGAUGAAAAAGAUCCGCAGCAGAAGCAUUGUCUGCGAAAGAAAGCCGUGCCAAAAUACAGACACAGCCGCAACACAAAGUACAUUCAUGAAAAGGAGAACGCCUGGACAAAGACGUUAAUUAAAGAAUUUCCCAGUGUGAUUUAGAGCAUACUUGUCGGAUAUUUUAUCAUGUAGAAGUUUCACGCAGUUUGCUUCGAGACACGCCCUAUCCAAGCUCAAUCGAAUAGAAAAUAAACUUCAGAAUAAGUAUAUAAUCUGGGGAUGUAAAAUGACAUCAUAUCGCGCCAAUCAUCUCUUUACAAAUCAUCGAGAUACAAAUGGAUGCAAAAUCUGUCUGUUGUACGAAGUGGGGCGCAAUUAAUAUAACUAAUUAUAAUAAUGAGCGCUGUGCGCAAGACGAUUUAGAAUUUUUAUUCACUAUAUAAUAGUUUGAUGUAGUAACAAAUUAACGUGAUCUGAUAUUUUAACAGAAAUUCAUGUGCACUAUCAUAAAAAGCCAGGAGCUGGUGGUUUUAAAGCACAUUUACCAACUCAGUUUCAGUUCCAUUAGCCCAAAUAACAAACAGGUCUUAUACAAUAUAUUUAUUAUCAAUAAUUUUCAGCACGUAUAUUUAAUAAAAUUGAUGAAAAGAAAAUAGUUUCAAACGCUUAAAAAAAUUAAAUAUAUCUUAGGUAUUGAAAAGAAAAUGCUGAGAUAUUUAACUUCAAUAGUUAUACUGCAAUAAUAAAUAGCUGUUUACUAAAAGCAGAUAUACGAGAUAACAUAAUCAUGAAUCUAUUUUCUAUUUAAUUGUGUCACUAUAGAUGCAGAUCGUAAAUAAAGA